AGAGGGGAUCGCUGGCUCGGUUUCAUGACAUUGAUUCGAUUUAGUUUUAUUGAGUUAGCGCUUCAGUCACGGUUUGGUGUCAGUGAAUAAUCGGGGAAUUGUCCCGGGGCUGCAUGGCCAGCCAGUUUGUCACUUGUGUUUGAAGUUUCUGGGUGUUGGAGGGGAAGGGAAGCAUGUUCUCAGCUGUUUCAGGGGUCCCUGUCUGGGGCUUGCUGCUUUUAGGAAUCGGUCAUUCAUGGGCUCAGCAGAGGAACAGGAAUGUGCUUCUUAUCAUCGCGGAUGAUGCCGGCUUUGAGACUGAGGUGUAUAACAAUACAGCGAUCCGGACCCCACACCUCAACCAGCUCGCCAAACGCAGCGUCAUCUUCCGAAACGCCUUCUCAUCCGUCAGCAGCUGCUCCCCCAGCCGCUCUGCUAUCUUAACCGGGUUGCCUCAGCAUCAGAAUGGGAUGUAUGGACUGCACCAGUCCGUUCACCACUUCAACUCCUUCGACUCCGUCAGAAGUUUACCGUUGCUGCUCCGUCAGUCUCACAUCAAGACAGGAAUAAUUGGGAAGAAGCACGUUGGUCCGGAUUCAGUCUAUCCCUUUGAUUACUCGGAGACUGAGGAGAACCACUCGAUCCUGCAGGUCGGGAGGAACAUCACCAAAAUCAAACUGCUGGUGCGGCAAUUCCUGCACACCGCGGCCGACAGGCCGUUCUUCCUCUAUGUGGCUUUCCAUGAUCCUCACCGCUGUGGCCAUUCACACCCGGAGUAUGGGCCGUUCUGUGAGAAGUUUGGCAACGGGGAGAGUGGGAUGGGCCGAAUUCCGGACUGGCAGCCGCAACGUUACACACCGGACCAGGUCAAGGUGCCCCCCUUUGUACCGGACACACCAGCUUCCCGCAUUGAUCUGGCAGCCCAGUACACCACCAUCAGUCGUCUAGACCAAGGUAUUGGGCUGGUGCUGAAGGAGCUGAGAGAGGCUGGACGUGCCAACAACACACUGGUGAUCUACAGCUCCGAUAACGGCAUUCCCUUCCCGAACGGAAGGACCAACCUGUACCGGGCAGGAAUUGCCGAACCGAUGUUGGUGCAUUCACCGGAACACACAGGGCGCUGGGGUCAAGUCAGCCAAUCAUACGUCAGCCUGCUGGAUAUAACUCCGACUGUUCUAGACUGGUUCUCCAUCCCCUAUCCAGCAUACAGCCUGUUUGGGAAGGAUCUGGUUGUACAGCUGACAGGCCGGUCCCUGCUGCCUGCCCUUGAUGCGGAACAGCCGUGGUCCACCGUCUUUGCCAGUCAGAGUCACCACGAGAUCACCAUGUAUUACCCGAUGAGAGCCAUGCACCACCAUCAGUACCGGCUCAUCCACAACAUGCAUUUCAAGAUGCCUUUCCCCAUCGACCAAGAUUUCUACCUCUCGCCAACCUUCCAGGACCUCUUGAACAGGACAGAGUCUGGUCUCCCGACGCACUGGGAGAAAUCCCUGCGGGAAUACUACUACAGGGAGCGUUGGGAGCUGUUCGAUACCCAACAGGACCCUUUGGAAACCCGCAACCUGGCGUCAGAUCCGAGCUACACAGACCUCCUGGAGACUAUGAAGGGACACCUGAGGAAGUGGCAGUGGGUGACCUCUGACCCUUGGGUAUGUGCCCCAGAUGGUGUGCUGGAGGACCAGGGGCCGUACAAACUGCAUCCUGAGUGCAGGCCUCUGUACAACGAUCUGUAACGUGCACGAGAGAGCUACGGGGGCUAAAGAGGGUUUUACACUCGGGUGCUGCUGAGAAAGAAGAGAUUGAUUUCAAAGCCUCUCACCUGGGAGUGAUCAGGACACACACACAAGAAUGCAAAAUUUCAAUUUCUAGCACGUUAGGAAAAAGUACUGACUGGUUGGCAACUCAACUGUUUGGCGGAAGGAUUUCCGUGGGGGCUGCCCUAGGGAACUGCUGGUCCUCAGGUUUUUCAUUAAUUCAAAAAAACGCACCAUGACUGGACGUAUUCCUUUAGCCUGCAGAGGAUGGGUUCCUCCUGAUGGUCUCAUUGAGAGGCUUCCUAAAGAACUUAAAUUGGUUUUUACUGUUUUUCUUAGCAUGCUCGGGGUUCUUCAACAGGUGCUAUCUGGGGUUUGGCAUCUCGCGUUAGACAUUAUAUUACAUUACAUUACAUUACAUUACAGUGUGGAAACAGGCCCUUCGGCCCAACAAGUCCACACCGACCCGCCGAAG